GUAAGAGUGUGAAGGUGGAAAUUGUGUACGCAACACAAUUGGCAUGCUUUACGAUUUGUUUGGAGUAAUUUGUUUUACAUUCUUUCCUUCUUUUGCUGAAAAAUCAGAUCUUAAACAACAUUGGAAAACAUUUGUCCAAACUCCAUGUCGUAAGGUGCCCAACACGUUUCCUUACUCAAUUAAGCAACACCAAGCAAAGCACCACGUCAAUCUUAUGCAAGGCUUUCUCCUUUCACAAUGUUCACAUGGGAAAAUGCAUGCCAUGUGAACAUUGGGUAUCAUUGCACAAGCUUUUUGAACUGGUCCGGUUCUUAAUUUUACUUUGUGAUCAGGGCUAUUUCCAAAUCUUGUUUUCCUGCAUUGAGAAGCUGCUGGCUUUCUUGAAUGUGAAGAGCAUUGUCCUCCCGGCUGCUGUGGAAGCAGAAUCCAUAUGGACGGAUCAUAAAUUUGGUUUUGAGAGAAUGAAACCUGACCAGCUUAGCAAAUACCGAAGAAGCUGCUGUCAGAUGGUGACCUUCAAAGGGACAUCCAUGCUUCAGAAAAUGGUUCGCCAAUGUCGAGUCAUCAACACUUGAUUAUAAAAGCAGAGAUGCAAAGUCUUUUCUUUUCCCUCCCCGCUUGGGUUGGUUUUUGUAAAUCUCUUCUGUUUAAGUUGCUUUAAGAACUCAUCUUUUUUCCCUCGUUUGGUUUUGGAUAACCAAUUUUAACUG